GGGUUAUGUUGGCGGCUUUCCGCAUGUUCAAUAUUGUAAUAUCUCAUUCCAACUACAACUUAUCAAGAGUUGCAGUUCAAUUCAGAUAAACUAUCUGUUUUCGGUCGCGAAAUGGAUAUUAUGCCGUUCUGGUAGUAUUGCAAGUAAACUCAGUCAAUAAUGUGGAAACGAAUUCGAUCUCGAAAACAGUCUGGUUCAGAUAUCUCAUCUAACUCAACAUCAAACCCUACGAGCUCGACAGACCGUCCCCGCUAUAAUUCCCUCCCAGAACCAACCCUAUCGUUACCAGAACGGACACGAGCCCAACGUCGCGAAUCCGAUCAAAGCGCAAUCUCCGAUAUACAUGCUCAACUAUUCUCGUUACCGACGUCAGCCGAACAUCGAAGACAACGCUCUCGGGAUAGAAGAAAUGAUCCUCUUGGAUUGUUUGUUCUACACGCACCAGUGCAGCGUUCGGUUGACAUACUUUUCAUUCACGGGCUUGGCGGGACUAGUUUACGGAGUUGGUGUCGUAACCGGGACUUAGAAAAUCUUUGGCCACAACUUUGGCUCCCCGAAGAACCUGACCUUACUUCGGCGAGGAUUCUCUCCUUUGGAUAUAAUGCGCACUUUUCGUCAAAGAAAGAGCAAGCCUCUCUUACAAUCGGGGACUUUGCGAAUGAUCUGUUAUUUCGCAUGAAAUAUGGUGAAAAUGGACCUGAGCGAUUGGGCCAAGUCCCACUAAUCGUGGUCGCCCACUCAAUGGGCGGCCUGGUGUUUAAGAAGGCCUUCAUCCAUGGACACAUGAACGAAGAGUUUCGCGGUAUCAUUUCCAGUAUCAAAGCCGUCUUGUUCUUAGCAACGCCACACCGAGGUACAGACCUUGCUGAGACUCUAAACAAAAUUCUUACUAGUUCGUUCUUCGGACAUUCGUCUAAGGACUAUGUUUCAGAGCUUGCAAGGAGGAGUCCGACAAUUGACGAGCUCAAUGAGUCGUUUCGCCAUCACGCUUCAAAACUACAGAUAUUCUCUUUUUACGAGACUCUAAGCACGAAUGUUGGCCUCAUGUCUUUUAUGAUUCUGGAGAAGCAAUCUUCAGUAUUAGGUUAUCCGAAUGAAACUCCUCAACCACUAACUGCUAAUCACCACGAUGUCUGCAAGUUUAAGGACAGAAAUGAUCCUAAUUAUAUAUCCGUUGUGGGUGCCUUGCGCGGGGUGAUUGCCACAAUAAACUCUGAUCAGAACCCGGAUGAUAACAUCGAAGAAGAUUUAACACACGUCGCCGCGCUACUGGGUAUUUCUUCCCCCCCUGAAGAUGAUAUCACGGCUUGUCGCGCCGUUCGGAAAGCAGGAACUUGCCAGAAACUCCUAUAUUCUGAGGAAUUCGAUAGCUGGAAGGAAGCUGACUCUUCUCACGUCUUAUGGGUUCAUGCGCCUCCCGGGAGCGGGAAAUCAACUAUAUGCUCAACAGUCGUAGAUUACCUUUUAGAGGAGGGUCAUAAUUGCGCGUAUUUCUUCUUCAAACACGGCAAUCGUCAGAAACGGUCGCUCAGUAACAUGCUCCGAUCUUUGGCUUAUCAGAGCGCUCUGAUGAUUCCCAGUUAUCGCCGUGCAUUGGCAGAUCUUGCGAAGUCCGGACAACAAUUCCAUGCUUCAGACGCUCUUACUGUCUGGAAACGACUCUACGUGUCAAUUCUAUCGCACCUCAAGUUUGAAGGUUUAUAUUGGAUCUUGGAUGCCAUUGAUGAAUCGGAAUCGACCAAACAAGUUGUUGAGUUUAUAUCAAUGACUGGCGACUUUGAAAGCCAAGUUCGAAUCUUAGUAUUCAGUCGCCCUUUACCAAUCAUUAAUCAGUCAUUUCAAAUGGCGAAACGGCGAACCCACAUUGUCACCAUGGCUCUACCGAGAAAUGAAGACGACAUUCGGCUAUUGGUUGCUGAAGAGAUCGAAUAUCUCCCAUCCGAUGACGGCUUUAAAAUAGAAACAACCGACGAGAUAAUUAGGCGUUCCCAAGGGAACUUCCUUUGGGUAAGCUUGGUUCUGAAACGGGUCAUAAGAUGUCAUCGUCAAGAGCAAGUGAAAAGGGUGUUAGACGAGACCCCGGAUGGCAUGGACGAGCUAUACGACCGCAUGUUAAGUGCAGUUGUAGGCCUCGACUUGAAAGAAGAUAAGAUCCUGGCGCGAAUUCUUCUCUCGUGGGCAAUGUAUGCGAAGACAUCGCUCACAAUCGACGAGCUUUCCGAACCGUAUGCUAAUGAAUUUGGAUCUGUCAUGGAUCUGAAGCAUACAAUCAGCCAGAUCUGCGGACAAUUCGUUAUCGUCGACGCUCAUAAUCGAAUAUCCUUAGUCCACCACUCGGCUCAUCAAUAUCUAAAACGAUCUGGUCAGUCUAGGCUACAAUCAUUCUCUUUGGACUCGGAGACAGUACACGAAGAACUCCUAUGCAAAUGUCUGCAAACACUAUGCGAUAGGACACUGCGCAAUAAAAUCAACACCCUUAAAAUCCCCCAAUUUCUCCCAUACGCAGCAACUUCAUGGGCAUUUCAUCUAGAGAGUUGUUCAGCAGAGUCAGAUAGAGUCCUAGACACACUUGUUAGAUUUUUCGGCGGGCCGUUUCCGUUUCCAUGGAUCCAAUACCUAUCCAUGAGCAACCACUUAGCUGAGCUCACCACUGUCUCCCGCAGGCUGACGUCCUUCACUCGUCGACGCAGGAAAGUUGAGAACGAUAGGUCACCAAUGCUACACAGGUUAUCGGAUCUAUCUUCAAUAGACAAUUGGGCGGUCGACUUAUUGAAACUACCGGCUAAGUUCGGUCGACAUCUUACAGAGGAUCCACAGCUAAUCUACAAAUGCAUUCCUGCACUUAGUCCCAUCUCAUCGGCAAUUUUCCAGAAGUUUUCCGGAAGCCCUACUACUACGCUGUCUGUUUCUGGCCUAUCAAAUGUAGAGUGGGAUGACUGCCUUGCUCGGGUAUCUGCCAAUACUGGUAAAGCUCUACGGCUUGCAGUAACUUCACUCUACUUGGCUGUCGCUUCUGACAUGCCAAUGGGGAAUAUAACAUUAUGGGACACGAACCUCUUUGUGGAAUUCGCGACUUUUGACGUGGGAGAGUAUAUCCACUCACUCGCGUUUGAUGAUUCCGGUUCUCUUCUUGCGUGCUAUGGACUUUCGCAUACGUAUGUGUGGAAACUGGGAACCUCUUCUCUUAUACGAACUGUAAGAAAUCCUGUUAGAGAACGCGCCUUGGAAUUCAAAUUUUCCGGGUCAGAUUCUUUGAUGAUGAUCACAGAUUUACGCCGGGUUUACUAUUUAUCAAUAAGUGAUGAUAUAGACACCUCUGUUGGUUGGACACGGUUAAGCGCAACAUUGAUGGAGGAGACAAAUAUCCCCGAGGGGAUGUUUUUAGGCUCUCCGUCUUCUGUUUCAUUCAACAACAACUUUACUCAAAUCGCAGUCUCAUAUCGAGCUUUUCCCCUAACUAUCUGGAAUAUCAACCCCCCCGAAAUAGUAGCUCGCCUAAAGCUAAAACCAAAGCAAGGUCAAGGAGCUAUUAACUCACACACCGGUACUAAUAAAGUCGUGUGGCAUCCAUCAGGUACACAGGUGGUCGGCAUAUAUGGCCAAGUAUUUCGAUGGAGUCCGGUGGACGAUACAUAUGACGAAGCAAAGGGAGAUUCCGGCAUAAUACCUAACGAGAUACAAUGUAGCCCGAACGGUUUGGUGUUUAUCACCAGCGACGUCGAAGGGACUAUCAAGAUAUAUGAUUUUGCACAAAUGACGGUCAUAUAUAAACUAACGUCUGAGGACCAAAUUAACAUGAUUUGCUUCAGUCCCGGCAGUAUUCGAUUCUACGAUCUUCGAGGUUCAUACUGCAACAUAUGGGAACCAAACUGUCUUCUCCGAUUAGCUGAUGCUGUACAUGAGCGCAUUAGCGAUUCAGAUAGCGUGAGCGAAAGUAUCUGGUCUGAUACAGAAGAUACACGUAGCACAUCUAUCUCGCUUCCAACCUCGGAGAGUCAUGCAGACAGCAAGCCUGCUAUUACAACUGUGGCUGCAAGUACCAGGGCUGAUCAAUAUAUCGCAUACGGCAAUGAUGAUGGUGUAAUUGAAAUUUUCGACCCGACGAGCAACAGCCGACAUAUUGUUGCACAGACCCUAUUUGGGAUAGGGAUAGAAUCCCUCGCCUGGAAUCGAAGCCAUGACCAACUUGCAUUCUCCCUUCUAGAUGGGACAAUCACUAUCAAGGAGAUUUCAGGGAGAACCGCAGGGAAAAGACAAGUGUCUGUAAAAGAUUUGUAUGUCGAAAAGACGCCGCCCGCGAAACGUGGUCGCGUCCAGCAGCUACUUUUCGAUCCUGCUGGAAAGUUGUUAUUUGUCCAUGGAGCUAGCAAGUCGCAAGUUCUAGUUCUGCCUACUGGAGAGGUAGCGGCGGAGCAUGAUACGCCAGAAGAUGAAUCUUCCCAAUGGAUACAACACCCCUCAAGGCAAGAUGCAUUAAUAAGCGUCAAUACCAGAAGCCUCUCUAUUUUCACCUGGAAGUUGGAGGAGGACCAUACAGUUCCUCUGGAGAUAAUGUCUAGCUUGCCUAACUCGUUUACAAUCGAUGCGCUCUACCAAUGUCAUUAUCCACGAUUCUUUUUACUACGGACAUCAAACCUACAUCUUAACAAACUACAACACGGCUUCAUACUCUUACCCAUAACCAAUUUGGGUGCUGGACAUAAUAGAGACGAAACCCAAGCAUCGAUAAAGCCCGUUGACCUUCCUGAGACUAUCACCCAGGCAGUCUCGCACCCUCUAGGAGUACUACCAGAUGGUCGCAUGGUUUUUCUAGAUAACAACUUGUGGGUUUGCACUACACAACUUUCUAGCGCAACGAAAACAAUAACCCGUCAUUUUUUCAUACCACAUGAUUGGGUUACAGAUUCUGGCCUUAGGCUUUGUCAACUGCUACGAGAUGGGACCCUCCUUUGCCCUAGCAAGGGUGAGGUAGCGAUUAUCCAGAACGAUAUGGUUUCGGAGUGGUAGAAUACCUACCUAGGCAUGAAUCCUAUAUUAAGUAGAACUUUGAGGGGACGAAAACAUCUCGGGUAGCUAAUAUCAAGCUUUUAUCGCUAAUAAAG